AUGCCGUCGCAAGUGUCUGAGCUGCUGGACAGAGACAUCACGCCGGAGGAUUACGAGAUGCUGCUGCAGCUGGACGAAGCCUUGGAGCGACCUGCCGGGAACGAGAGCGAGAAACUGCGGCCAGUGGCAACAGAGGAGCUUCUUGGUGAGACUUGCGCCAUUUGUCUGCACGCUUUCGAGAGGACGGAUGCCUUGUCUGCCCUGCCUUGCUCGCACGCCUUCCACGAGGCCUGCAUCUCCAAGUGGAUGAUGAAGAGAUGUGCUUCCUGCCCGCUCUGUGGUAAAUGA